CAGCAGCUAGCAUCGGCAGUGGCCGAAAGCAACGCGAGGUGAGGAGACGCAAGCCCAGACCACUGCAUUACGCACUCCCGGAAGACCUGACAGCUGACAAAAAAGUCACCACGCCGCGGCAGUCGGACGAGUAGCACAGGCCAUCGGCUAGCAAUGCUGCUGUCGGCUCUUUGUCUCCUCGCCGCGGCGACGGCGGCGGCCGCGGAGGACCUCCCGGAGACGACGAGCAGCCAGAAGAGCCGCCUCCUAGUCGUCAACGGUUUAGAUCACGACGCGCAGAUCGACGUCUACUUCGCCGGCUCGCGCGGCGAGGGCCUCUGGAGCGCCGGGCCGCCGCCGAGCAUCAAGCCGGGCACGAUGGUCUGCGUCGCGUCCUCGGUCAAGGCGGGUUUUGAAUUUGAGGUCCACGUCGGCGAAAUCGACGACGAGUUCGUCGUCACACUGUCAAACAACAAUGCAAGGCAAGGCGAGACCUACGGCCAGAUUGAUGGAUUGAUCCGCUGGCGCCACACUCGUAAUGAAGACGCCACCAUCUAUCUGACGGGUGACGAGGACGCCCACGCCGUCUGGCGCGACGACCUCGAUGAAAUUUCGCAAUUGGCCUGGAAAGACGGGGUAGGGGCGCUCUUCGAGGACGCGGACCGCUUUCUGGUGAGGGGCGACCGUACCAAUGCGAUGAGGGCGUUCGCGACGGCUCGGAGGUCGCUGGGACUGGCCGUGGCGACGGACGGCGCGGCGCCGCUGGUCUGGCCGCUGGCCGUGCUCGCGGGCGUCGCUCCUGCAAAUAACACACAUAUUCCAUCGAUCGAGGAUGCUCAACCCCUCUCAGAAGAAGGUUCAUCCUCGUAUGUCGAUACGAUACGUAAACGAGCCUUACACCACGGCUGCUGGCUCGCGCGACUGACGCUAGGGAGCUGGCGCGCCCACGGGAAACGUGGUAUGGAAGAGGACUGUAAUCGUGCUUGUGAUGUCUGGACUUUGUUAUUAAGAGACGUGGCGCCGUUCGGGGGCGGCUCGCCGCGACGAGCUCUGGUCAAGACGCGGCACGUCAAUCUAAGACAAGCGGAGCUGCUCGUGGACCACUGGUUAAGAGCUGAUGGCAUGGCUACGUUGAGGGACGACGCUAUGCAACAGUUCGACGAGGUAGAAGACGAGGAGGACGUCGUCGCGCCGGAGAUAAUAGACGCACCUGCACCGGCAGCGCCAGGGGGCUUCUUCCGGCGAUUAUUACAUGGCCCUGACGACCUCUAUGAUGAGGUCGUGUUUGAUGGAGCGCCCAUGGAGGACGGCGGGAGAGUCAUAGACGACGCGGGCGCCGCUUACUUGGAAAGAAGAGCUGUGAACGGCGACGGCCACGCCGCGUUACAACUAGGCGACGCGUGGUUGGACGGUCGCGUAGCGAGGAGGCGCCCGUCGGCCGCAGCAGCAGCUAGAUUCUACGCCGAGGGCCUCAAGUCGAAGGACGCGCACGCCUCUGCUGAUUCAGCAGCAGCUCUGGCGGAGCUGUGGCUCGGGGGGCACGAUGGCGUCCCGGCGCGGUUAUCGAAAGCCUUGGAGAUUCUGGAGACCAGUGCGUCCACACCGCUAGGGGAUCAUCUGUUAGGUCACUUGUACGACGUUAUCGAUAUGCCUCCUCGUUUACCGAACAGGUCAUUGGCCAUCCAACGGUGGGAGCGGGCCGUAGAACAACAUCACGCGGAUUCAUUUGUGAGUCUCGCGAGGGCGCUGCGGGAUACGGAUCCAGAACGCGCUUCAGCGUUACUAAGUGAUGCUCUGAAAGAAGGCGACUCGCUCACGGCUGCUCUACUAUUAUCACAGAUGCACCUGCGUGGCUUGCUCGACGGCGACUGGGAGCUGCACACGACGAACCUGGAAGAAAUGCGGUGUUCCCGAGCGCGAGAAGUCCUGGAGGAAGGCAUCCAACAGGCGUGGGACGCCGCAUUGCCCGGUUUCGGCGUCGGCGACGCCGUCGCCGCCGGGCGCGCGGCGUGGGAAACUUCUACCUGGUUUUCGUCCACGUCAAAAGCCGAGGAGGACCUCUACACUGAUGAUGUACAAGGGGACGACUUGCUCGAGGCGCUUCGUACACGUGUCGACGCGAGGAACGACCGACGUCUCAAAGAUCAUACUUCCGGAUUAAACGCGCCGGCGCGAGCUAGAGGCGCGUACCGCAUGCUCGCGACGCUCGGCGAAGCCGGUCUAGGCGCCGCCCACGUCAACGCUGGAUUUGUUUUAGAGAGAUUAGGACGAGGCAACCCCGCCCUGUUGAAGCGGGCGAAGUGGCACUACGAACAAACUUUAGCGGGACGGGAGACGAAUUCUUCUGAAAUCGCGCGGGCGGCGCGGAAGCUGGAGUUCGCGGAGGCGCGGCGAGCUUUAGCUUCCUGUAGGAGGGACGGCUGGGCCGGGGCGUGCGACCAGACCUGUGCUCAAGACGACUCGUUAUUCGAGGCGGCGAAGCGGGGCUCGGAGUGGGCCGCGCUUGAAUCAGCUUUGGACGCGUACCGCGGUGGUGCUUAUAGAAGGGCGACUGUUUUAGCUUCGGACUGCUCCUACCGCUUCGUAUGGCCGCACAGGGUGCCCUGCGCGCUCGUGGCGGCCUUGCUGUCGGCGCGCGCGAUGGUACUUGAUUUGUCGUGGUAUGUGACGUGGGCGCGGCGGGACCGUUUGAGGCAUACUGAUCAAACGGUCGACGAGCUGUUGGCGGAGUUCGCCCCUGAGGUCCCGCAGCUCCAAGGUAAGACGCGCGAGGAGCGCGUGCGGAGCCUCUGGGCCGCUCUCGGUCACAACUGACGGGAAGGCGUUCUCGGGUAAGUGUGUCUGUUGUUGUGGUAUCCUUUGCUUUGCUUAGAGCUAG